CAGAGCAGCUGCAGCCGUCGUGACGUCACGUCCGGUCAUGGCGGAAGUCCUCCGCUGGCCGAUCGGGAAGUAGCUGAAGGCUGGGCGAUGGCAGUCCUGGAGGCCCCGCGCCCGGACAGUCCCGAGGCCACAGUGCCCCCGCGGGAUGGAGGGGUCUAAGACAUCCAGCAGCACCAUGCAGGUGAGCUUCGUGUGUCAGCGCUGCAGCCAGCCCCUGAAACUGGACACGAGCUUCAAGAUCCUGGACCGUGUCACCAUCCAGGAGCUCACAGCUCCAUUACUUGCCACAGCCCAGGUGAAACCAGGAGAGACCCAGGAGGAAGAGGCUAACUCAGGAGAGGAGCCAUUUAUUGAAACUCGCCAGGAUGGUGUCUCUCGCAGAUUCAUCCCCCCAGCCAGUCCAUCCAGGCCAACCUUCGUGCUGAGUGUCCCUGUGGAAGACCAGCAUGGCCUUCCCUUGGGAGAGAGGAUGAUGUCUACAGAAAGUGCCAACAGCUUCACUCUGAUCGGGGAGGCAUCCGACGGCGGCACCAUGGAGAACCUCAGCCGAAGACUGAAGGUCACUGGGGACCUUUUCGACAUCAUGUCAGGCCAGACAGAUGUGGAUCACCCACUGUGUGAGGAAUGCACAGAUACUCUUUUAGACCAGCUGGACACUCAGCUCAACGUCACUGAAAAUGAGUGUCAGAACUACAAACGCUGCUUGGAAAUCUUAGAGCAAAUGAAUGAAGAUGACAGCGAGCAGCUCCAGAUGGAGCUAAAGGAGCUGGCAUUAGAGGAGGAGAGGCUGAUCCAAGAGCUGGAAGAUGUGGAAAAGAACCGUCAGAUAGUGGCAGAAAAUCUCGAGAAGGUCCAGGCUGAGGCUGAGAGGUUGGAUCAGGAGGAAGCUCAGUAUCAAAGGGAAUAUAGUGAAUUUAAACGACAACAGCUAGAACUGGAUGAUGAGCUGAAGAGUGUAGAAAACCAGAUGCGUUAUGCCCAGAUGCAGCUGGACAAGCUGAAGAAAACCAACGUCUUUAACGCAACCUUCCACAUUUGGCACAGUGGACAGUUUGGCACAAUCAAUAACUUCAGACUGGGUCGCCUGCCCAGUGUUCCCGUGGAAUGGAAUGAGAUUAACGCUGCUUGGGGCCAGACAGUGUUGCUGCUCCAUGCCCUGGCCAAUAAGAUGGGUCUGAAAUUUCAGAGGUAUCGACUUGUUCCCUAUGGAAACCAUUCGUAUCUGGAGUCUCUGACAGACAAAUCUAAGGAGCUGCCAUUGUACUGUUCUGGGGGGCUGCGGUUUUUCUGGGACAACAAGUUUGACCAUGCAAUGGUGGCUUUCCUGGACUGUGUGCAGCAGUUCAAAGAAGAGGUUGAGAAAGGCGAGACACGUUUUUGUCUUCCUUACAGGAUGGAUGUGGAGAAAGGCAAGAUUGAAGACACAGGAGGCAGCGGUGGCUCCUAUUCCAUCAAAACCCAGUUUAACUCUGAGGAACAGUGGACAAAAGCUCUCAAGUUCAUGCUGACGAAUCUUAAGUGGGGUCUUGCUUGGAAAAAUAAGCAUCAAGUUGGAAUAUAAAACACAGCUCAGAAGAUACUUGGAACUUCCGUACGCUGAGUAUGAAAGUAAGGAAAGGGAGAGAUGAGUGCAGUGACAGAAGGCUGUUUAUUUUGGGCGGAUUCCGCCUGCCUCACGUGUUGGAGAAGUCGCAGCCCUCAGUGCUCC